ACUGCCACACGCAAGAUGGCGGCGAAAGCCGGUCUGGGUAGUGACGUCAUGCGAGCGACGCUAAACUCUUCCAAAGGGGAGGUCCGUGGGCUGUCAGUCUCCCAGUCAGUCGCAGGGAUCUGCUCGGCUCCUGGGCAAGCAGUCAGAAUGUCGGUGAUGGGCAGAACGUUGCUGCUGCUGAAUGCAGGGAGACGAGGGGUUGGAAUCUGCACAGUGAGGGCUCAGGGCACAGCAGCAAAACAGAAAGAUAUCCAGGCACAACACGAGAAGAAGAGCUCAAAAUCCCGAGUCCAGUUCGACUACCAGGAUGCCCUCAGCCUGGACUCCCAGCUGACAGAAGAUGAGAUUAUGAUACGGGACAGUUUCCGCGCUUACUGCCAGGAGAAGCUUAUGCCACGGAUCCUUAUGGCCAAUCGCAAGGAAGUAUUUGAACGGGACAUCAUCUCCGAGAUGGGAGAGCUCGGUGUUCUGGGAUCUACAAUUAAAGGAUAUGGCUGUGCUGGGACAUCGUAUGUGGCCUAUGGGCUGUUGGCACGAGAGGUAGAGCGAGUGGACAGCAGCUAUCGGUCAGUUAUGAGUGUCCAAUCGUCUCUUGUUAUGCAUCCUAUCGCUGCAUAUGGGAGUGAAGAACAGAAGCAGAAAUACCUGCCCAGGCUGGCCAGCGGAGAGUGGUUGGGGUGUUUCGGUCUCACAGAACCAAACCAUGGAAGUGACCCAGCUGGAAUGGAGACCAGAGCCAGAUACAAUCCCUCCAGCAAGACCUACACGCUGAAUGGCGCCAAAACCUGGAUCACCAAUUCCCCAAUAGCAGACCUGUGUGUGGUGUGGGCGAUAUGCGAGGACGGCAAGGUCAGGGGGUUCCUGAUAGAGAGAGGAACGAAGGGACUGUCUACCCCUAAAAUAGAGGGCAAGUUCUCUCUCAGAGCCUCAGCCACUGGCAUGAUCCUGUUGGAAGACGUGGAGAUUCCAGAGGAAAACCUCCUCCCUAAUGUUUCUGGGCUGGGGGGCCCCUUCGGUUGUCUCAAUAAUGCUCGCUAUGGCAUUUCCUGGGGGGCGCUGGGUGCUGCAGAAUUUUGCUUUCACACAGCCAGACAGUACACCUUGGAUAGGAUCCAGUUUGGCGUUCCUCUUGCCAGGAACCAGCUUAUCCAGAAGAAGUUGGCAGAUAUGCUGACAGACAUCACCAUUGGGUUACAGGCCUGCCUGCGGCUGGGGCGUUUGAAAGAUGAAGAGAAAGCCACUCCAGAAAUGAUCUCCAUGCUGAAGAGGAACUCAUGUGGAAAGGCCUUAGAUAUUGCCCGACAGGCGAGGGACAUGCUGGGGGGGAAUGGGAUUUCAGACGAGUACCACAUCAUCAGGCACGUCAUGAAUCUGGAAUCGGUGAACACUUACGAGGGUACCCACGAUGUGCAUGCACUGAUCCUUGGCAGAGCCAUCACAGGGCUGCAGGCAUUUACUGUAGGCAAGUGAUUCCGCUCCACUCGGUUCCAGAUUCCUCCCACCGUCUGCAGCAACUGUACAGCAUUCUGCCAUCGCUCACGAUUCCACUGUAGAGAGAAAACAUUCAGUUUCCAUUAAAGGGGUUGUUCGCCUUUAGAACAGUUUGCAGUUCUUUUUUUUUUUUGUUCUGCAGUUUGCAAUUGGUCUCUACGGUCCCAAUAAACAUAGCAUUGAGGCAGUGGUUUGAAUGACAGACUUGAACCAGGCUAAAGGUCCCCAUACACGGGCCGAUUCUAGCUGCCGAUAUUGGCCCCUUAGACCAAUUCAGCAGCUAAUCGGCCCGUGUAUGGGCACUGCCAAUGGGCCUGCCCGACCAAUAUCUGGUCUGAAAUCGGCCAGAUCUCAAUCGGGCAGGUUAGAAAAUCUAGUCGCAUCGGGGACCGCAUUGGCUCGUUGAUGACAGGGUUUCCCCCACAUCUGUUUCAGGGGUGGUUAAGUCUGGUGUAAAAACUAUAGGCUGGGGGAUAGAUAUAUGCAGUAUCCAAGCCUGAAGUCACUCUUAAGGUAGAGCAGGGGGAGUCAAAUAGAGGUAAUUGGGGUUUUAAAAUAUGAAAUUGGUGCCCAGUAGUUUUUCAGGCUUUGCUGACUCAUUCUGUUAUAACCUGGGCUGUCGGAAGCAAUGCCUAUUCCUGUACAGCGGAGUCAAAAAUCUGUUGUUUGUUCAAUUUAGUUUAAUUAUUUUUACUGUAAUGUUUGGGUGUGAAUGGUCAGGCUUGCAGGCCUGUAUAUAAUAUUGUAAUAAAGUUUCAAUUGAUAUAAACAUCUA